CGCCUUCAGGCUCUCUGUGGAGCCGCGUCCGGUGGGGUCGUCCUUCCUGCUCGUUACCGCUACCAGGGGACUGGGUCUGGGCCGACCCGGUUGUCUGCAACAGCAGGAAGGCUAUGGCCUGAGCCCGGGAAGGUCACCAUGGCUCCUACUUCACCUUGAUUAAGUCUGACGCCCCGCCCCGUGACGUCAUGACCUGGUGGAGAAGUAUAGAACACCGGAAGCGCCGCGCGCACUGACAGCAGAAGGGGAAGAAGAAGACGGAGACACCGGUGAGAGAGCAGACAUCAUGGCUUCCAGCGCAGGCGACGUCCUCCCCACUUAUGACCUCGGUGAGACUCAGACGUCAAAACUGAUGAAGAAGUCCAAGGAGUCUCCGUUUGUGCCCGUGGGAAUUGCCGGCUUUCUUGGCGUUGUGGCUUAUGGACUGUACAGACUAAGACAUCGGGGAGACACCAAGAUGUCCGUGCACCUCAUACACAUGCGUGUGGGGGCCCAGGGGUUCAUCGUGGGUGCAAUGACCUGUGGUGUGCUCUACUCCAUGUACAAGGAGUAUCUGGCCAAGCCCAAGGAGUAGGAGAGCGCCAUGGACCUCACAUUGGGGUGACUUUAUU